AUGGUACGCCUCAGAUGGACGUUAGCUUUGAUUUUUAUCGGUGUGCCCAUCCUUGUAACGGUUAGCGCAUUUCGUGUACGACUAGCCCAUGAACGUUCUGAUUCUCAAAAACAUUGUGCCUCGUGUGAUGUGAAUGAACUUAACCUUGACCAAAAACAAAGCAAAUUGAGUAAUAGACAUCUGUAUGAGGGCCUUAAAAAAGUAGUUCACGAAAAGCUGAAGAGUGAGGGAAAAUUGAGUGCUGAUGACUUAUCGUACUUACAUGGACUUUCAGAUGAUAAAAAGUUAAGUUCAAAUAUACAAGUAAAGACAACGAAACCAGACGCAAGCGAUGGCGAGAACAUUGAUAAGCACAAAGAAAAUUCAAAGAAAACUCAUAGUGAUGGAUUAAAGGUUAUAAAGUCAACAAUUAAGUCAGAUAACUAUAUUGAUCAAGACGAAAAUGAUAACAUUGUUACGCCUACUAAAGUUAAAACGCAAAUACUAAAUGAAGCACUUGAUACAAACGACGAUGAGAUAGAUAUCGAGAAUGAGGACGAUAGCGAUAGUGAAGGAGAUGUUGAUAAUGAAAACGACGAUGAAAAAAACAUCGAAAAUGACGAAAGUGAUGAAGAUGAUGAUGAAAUAGUUAUACAAAUAACAAAAGUACCUCCGAAAGUGAAAUACGAUCCCAUACCUCCUAUAAAGCGUCCUUUAGCAAAAUCGGAACAAACUAUAGAUGUCAAAGAUCGUAAAAAAGAAAGUGAAAAAGAACAUUCUAAGAUAGAAAAUUUAUCAAAAGAGACCUUGGAAUCCAAAUUUAAAGAUAAAAAGUCUGUAGUGGAAAUAAAAAAUGAACUCCCAAAGAAAACUACAAAAGAAGCAGAAAUAAAAGAAAGCAUUGUUAGGAAAAUCAAAGAUCAGAAAACCAAGAAAGAAACAGAUACUUUUUCCAAAGAAAGUACGAGUGAUGAACUCGAAAAAAUUAAAGUUAAAUCACACCUUGAAGCUGGUAAGCUACAAAGUCAUAUCAUUUCUAAAGCGGAUGCCGUGCUAGAUAUAAAAAAAGUCGAUAAAGUAGUCGAAAAAAGGAACUCUGAAACAUUACAAGUUACUAAAGAUGUUAAGGUGAAAAAUAGACUAAAAACUGAUCAAAUAAAACCAUUAACCGAUGCAUCACACAGAAAAAUUUUACUACAAAGCGAAUUCGAGGAUUUUUAUGGAUUUUUUCCAACGUUUGCACCGAAUUUUUCACGCGUACAUAAUCCGGAGUGUCGAAGACAUGGACAAAUAUUACUGCGACAGUUACGUGGUACCAAACUCUGGGCUUUAAAUAUGUUGGAUUCUUCAGCAAAAAUUCCCUCGGGACUCCUGCAAGGCAACGGUAUACAGCUUGGUGACUUUGACCAGUGUUUAUCAACUCGUGCUCGAGUUCAGUUAGAAACUGGCAGUAUUGUGAAGGUUCAAGGCAAAUACUGUUUAGUCACAAUGGAUGUCAGGGCGGAGCAUCAAGAUUUGGAAGUGGCUAUAGAUCUUCUUCAAGGACGAAACCUAAUUAAGGGCAGGGUUAGUGAUCCAGGUCACUUCGUACCACGAUUCUCAACGUUGAGCUUGGGUGUUUGUGUACCAUCACCAUGUCACCCAGAUGACGUGGUAGCAAUGAUCAAGGACUCGACUAAACGUUAUGAAAAACUGGGUAUCUCCUUCAAUAUUGAAGUAGAUGAGGUAGAUUGUCAUAUCCAGAGCAAAGGCAACUGGUGGGAUGAGUGGAUGGAAUUACCUACUCUUUUAACUCUAUGUUUCUAUGGUGUUGUCUUAUGUGUGGUAGUAAUUGCUACAUGCCAAGAUUUACUGAGUGAAAAGAGUAAUGGAGACGAUACAGAUGAGAAUAAAGAGGAUAAUGUCGAUGACAAGACAAAUAAACAAGAUGGGUUCAUCAGUGCCUUCUCACUUACCCGCACUGUGAAGAAAUUGAUAGCGCCGGUUGGAUCUGAGGAAAUAUCAAGUAUCCACGGUCUUCGAGCAAUUGCGACAAUAGCACUUAUUAUCGCUCAUAAAUUCCUACCAAUCGCCCAUACUCCUUACGCAAAUAGGGUAAAAGUUGCUGAGGUGGUGUCGUCACCUGCCUGGUCCUGGUGUAGAGUAGGCUGGGUGUUCACUGAUUGUUUUCUAUUGUUGAGUGGAGCUUUGACUGCAUACCGCACAUCGGAGAAGACUAGUGCCUUUAACAAACUAGGUUCUAAAUAUUUAAGAUUAACACCGGCAAUGCUAGCUGUGAUUUGGUUUUACGCAUUCAUCUGGGAUCAUGUCACCGUGGGGCCUAUGUGGGGCGGACUUGUAACGAAAAAUGCUGACAUUUGCCGAGAAAGGUGGUGGUGGAAUUUGUUCUAUUUGCAGAAUUACUUUGGAUUAGAGAGUAUGUGUGCACCCCAAACACAUCAGCUAGCGCUGGACAUGCAACUUUCCAUUCUCGGAAGUUUCAUAGUAUGGGCGAUCCACUCAAAUAUGGUCGGUUCGGCGCUAUUUAUGCCAAUCAUACAUCUAUCCGCAGCCUAUUCCCGAUAUACAAUGUUUAGAGACCAUCGCCUUACAAUGAUUGCUUAUCAUGGAGUUAGUGUAAGUCAGCUGUACCGUACAGGCCGGAUGAGCUAUACCUCCAUUUUGCACCGCAGUACCUCCUAUCUGAUCGGCAUCAGUUUGGGAUUAGCACUACGGACCCCAGCUCAGCAUAGUAAGUUUGUAAUAUUCAUCGGAUGGGUCGUUAGCACUGGUCUAUGGGGAGCAGUGUUGUGGGCGGGUUUCGACAGCGGUUACUUCAACUACCAGUAUAACGUGACCUUUGCUGCUCAGUAUGCGGCACUGGCUCCUAUUGCAAUUGGUUUAGCCUUCGCCUGGCUGCUGUACGCGGCCCAUAAUGGUUAUAGCGAAACUCUGUCAAGCCUACUUUCCAGUCGCCCCAUGCUACUAAUAAGUAGACUGUCAUAUGCUCUAUAUUUAACACAGUUUAUUGUCUUCCUCACAAAUGCAGCUACGAUACGAACAUCCACUGAAUUCAAAUUAUUAUCUGUGGUCGAUUUCCAAGAAAUUGCUGCAAUAUUUUUAUCGGCUGUUUUGUUAACUUUAACUCUUGUUAUUCCUAUGCAAUCGCUUCCGAAUAUACUCUUCGGGAGAAAGAAAAACAAUGAAGAGAAGGAAUUACAAAACGAUACAAGCGAAAUAAAUAAAGAAGAAAAUGAACCGGAGCGUGAAGAAAAACCGUCAAUACGAAAGCCUUUGCUGGCUCAUCGGGAAUUACUAGAAGAGAUACCCGAGGCGGAAGUAGAAUACGAAACUCAGAGGGAGACUCAAAGCCUAGAAGAAAUUUUGGAAGAAGACGAUAACAUGGACGAAGAAAGGGAAGACGAAGACUUAGAGAUCAUAGAAGAAGAAGAAGAACCAGAGGGUGGAGAGGAAGAUUUCUGGGCUAACCAUGAAAAUGGUCGUGAUCGAGAUCUUGAUGAGUGGGAGUGGACGAAUGGAAAUCGCGGCGGUGCUCAACAUUAUCGAUACAGUAGAUAA